CAUUUCCCUCAUCACGUGGCCCACUGUGCCCGUGGCUGCAUCUACCACUCUCCUUCAUUUGCCCAAAUUAGCCGUCACUUCUUCACUUAUACCUAAACCUCACACAGAGAGCCAUUGCUGUGUACUGUGCACUUCAACAAUCCAAACCUCUUUCUUCAAACACAGCCACCUCUAUUUUCUUGAAGGAAAAAUACUCUAUUCAAACUUUUUCUUUUCUUUAUUUGAAUAUAAAUUGAGAGUGGGGUUUUUGGUGGGUUAAAUUUCAUUUUCUUUUAUGUGGGUUAACAAGCGAUAUGUCGUUUGCCAGCUCCAGGAGAUCAAUCAUGUACUCUUCUUCUCUGGUAGCACUGGUGGUUUUCCUCAUUUUCAUGUUGCAGAUUUGGGUGUGCAGUGAUUGCAAGGCAGGAGCUAUAAGGAUUUUUCCAGACAAUGGCAUGCCUUCAAAGUUGAAACACAGAAAUAUCACCACUACAGAUAAUAAGGCAACCAAACAAGACCUUCUCCGUAAGUUCUUCAAUGGAAGGGCGUCCAGUUUCAACAGCAGUAAGAAAGGUUUCGAAGAGAACAAACGAAGAGUACCCAGUUGCCCAGAUCCUCUCCACAACUAGUAUAAUUACUCAAUUUCAUUUUUUUUUUCAGUCUUAUCCAAAAUACCCACGUUUUUCUUUUCAUUUUAGAGCUAGUUAUUCUGAUUAAUUUUUGUAAUUUUAGAGGGGAAAACGAGGGUAUUUUGGCAUCUUUUAAUCUUUUUUUUUUUAAGUUUUUGUAUGGAGGAACGAUAAUGAAAUGGAUUGUCAUAUCAUAUGAUAUGUAUAGAAUCUGAGAAUUUUGUUUUAUAAAUGAUUAACAGUGGAAGCUUUAUAUUUUCUUGAUCGCUGUACGUACAACUUUUUGGAUCCUUUCUAGCUAGUUACUCUUUUCUGUUGAGUACAGUUCAGAAGAAGGCGAUGAAGGAGGAGGAAGAAGAAGCAAUGAAUGUAAUCACAGGGACUUGAAUAAUACAAAAAGAUUCUGUUUUUAGCUUUCUUCAUUCUUUUCCUUAUUGCACAGCAGUAGAAGAUUUUCUCUUCUUUUCUUUUCUCUUAGUACAGCGAGUCAUGGCUUUAAACAGUGAUGAGUUACCAGUUUCCAGCGUUUGGUAAAUUCUUGCAGGAUUGGUGUUUACCUCAAAGGGUAAGUUUUUUCUUUAACUUGCGCUUCCAUAUCUAAUAAAAAUCCAUUGUACAAUUGAUUAAUGUAUCAUACAGCAGCUUCGAUAAAAUCAUCUAAUCCGUAGACUCUUUUUGCAGGUGGCAGGCGUUGACUCCUGCUGCCCAAUAUAACAGUUGAUUUAAAA